GAUGUACACAGAGAAGCCGUGACCUAGUUGUGCUGCAGAAGCUUCAAAAACCUUAUUGUUUACUAGAGGUAGACAUGCAGUGAUGUCUUCAAAAAGUUUAACGUGGUUUAAUGGCGAUUUAAAGAUCUAGACAUCAUGGACAACGCAAAUAGUUUGUAUAGAGUGCAUCAGUGUUCUAAGUGUCCAGGGGAUACGAAGUACCAGUGUUUAUCGUGCCCUUGUAAUUUGUGUCCCCAGUGUAAAGAGACCCAUGUGAAAGAUCUUAAAACGAUAGACCAUAAUAUUGAGUUAUGUCGUGAGAAAAUCAAUUACAUCCCAAAACAAGAGAUCUAUAGAAAGUAUUGUGAACCUUGUAAAAUUCCUGUCAGUUAUCAUAGCAGAAAACAUAGAAAACACAGAACUUUAGAUAUCAGAACAGCCUAUAUAACUGCGCGACGGCUACAUAGAGGAAUAAUUCAGACCAUUAGAAGUGAGGCUCUUUUUUACAGACAUGUUCUAAUGACUGGACUCAAAACCGAUUUCAAAACCUGCGAGGCAGAAUUCUCCCUCUAUCCAUCAAAGAUGCUAACGAAGGCAGAUACGCUAAAGGAUCUCAUUGACGAUGUGCUAUAUGAUCUUUUAAACAAUGUGUCUUGUGACUUUGAUUUCAAACACAGAUGUUUAAAAGAAAAGAUAGAUAUGCAGAAACAUAUUGUCAGCCUACAGAGAUAUCUUAACAUAUAUGAACAACCAGCAUUCUCAUUCAGUGCACUAGAAUUCUUAUCAACCAUAAAGAAAGUCCGUCUUCAGAUAUAUUUUACCCUCCACACCAGCCAGUCCUCCAUGUCUACGUCACUGAACAAAAAGGAUUUGAUGGAGUCACUGAGCACAAUCCAAAUCACAGAGAAGGGAAACCGACGCGUAGAAAACGAGUCUCUGCUAAAACUGAUGUCUGGUCCUGAGUUAUGUCAAUCUCUCACACUGACAGGUGUUGGUGGUUGUGUUCACAUUUCUUGUGUGACAUCAGAUCGCGUCUGCGUUAGUGAUAAAAACAAUCUCAUCUUGACAAACACAACAGGUAUCACUUUACAUAAUGCAGAGGAUAUAUGGAAAGGUGAUGGAUUACACACACUGAACACUGAGGGUGAACUGAUUUAUAUAGAUAGGAAUUAUAACAUCAACAAACUAUCAAAGGAUAUGAAAACAACCUCGUCAUAUAUAGAAAGAACAGACUCUACAUGGAUACCACGUUGUGUGUACUGGUCCUUGUCCACUGGAGAUCUACUGGUCGCGAUGAAUAGAGAGACAUCAGACGAUAAGGAUGAUAAAAAGGAUAAUGUGUACUAUUACGAUACGGACCAUCCAGAAUUAAAAACGUACACAUGGAUUGGCAAGGUAGACCGGUACAACCGGAGCGGACAACUGACUCAAAGCAUACAACACGACAGCACAGGACUCAAGCUAUAUAGAAAACCUCACUACAUAGCAGAGAACUACAAUUGGGAUGUUGUCGUUUCUGACCAUUACUCUAUGUCUGGUGCGGUAGUGGUGACAGAUCGUGAAGGAAGAUAUCGUUUCUCAUACACAGGGCAUCCAUCAGAAUCAAAUCUACGUCCAAAUGGAAUAAGCACUGAUGCGCUGUCAAACAUCCUGGUGUGUGAUAAAAACACCAACACAGUGCAGAUGAUGGAUAGGAACGGUCAGUUCCUGUCAUACCUUUUGAUAAGACCAUCAGGGAUAAUCACACCACAAAGCCUGAGUUAUGAUGUGAACACUCAUCGUCUUUGGGUUGGAUCAGCGUACAACAGCACUGUAGUUAUAUACAGGUAUAUAACUAGACAGGACGCUUUGACAGCCAGUGCUGAUGUAAUGCAGUCACUGAAUGAAAUCAAAACAACAGAAACAGAAAAACCACAUCAAGAACAGGAGUAUCUGCUAAAAGUGAUAUUUCCCCCUGAGUUUCUUCACUCCCUCUCACUGACAGGUGUUACAUGUUGUUAUCACAUUUCCUAUGUGACAUCAGACCAGGUCUGGGUAAGUGAUUAUAAAAAUAAUAUCAUCUUGACAAACACAACAGGUGACACUUUACAUCAUGUGAAGGAUUCUUUUAGUGGUUCUUUUAACUAUGGAAUACACACAGUGAACAGUGAGAGCAAACUGAUUUAUAUAGAUAAAAAUUAUAACAUUAACAAACUGUCAAAGGAUAUGAAAACAACCACUACAUUUAUAGAGAGAACAGACUCUGCAUGGAAACCACUGUGUGUAUACUGGACCCCAUCCACUAGGGGUCUUCUAGUCGGGAUGUAUAAAGAGAAACUAAAAAGAGGCAAGGUUAACCGGUACAACCAGAGCGGACAACUGAAUCAAAGCAUAGAGCACGACAACACAGGACUGGAACUGUAUAGUAAGCCCAUCUAUAUAACAGAAAACAACAAUGGGGAUGUUGUUGUGUCUGACUUGAGUGCAGUAGUGGUGACAGAACGUGGAGGAAGACAUCGUUUUACUUACACUGGACAUCCAUCAGGAUCAGGACUUACGCCAUAUGGAAUCUGCACUGACGCGCUGUCACACAUCCUGGUGUCUGAUGAUAUCACGAAAACAAUACAGAUGUUAGAUAAGGACGGUCAGUUCUUGACAAAUCUACUUAUAAAACCUUCAGGGAUAUACCAGACACAAGGUAUUGGUUAUGAUGUCAACACUCACCGUCUUUGGGUCGGAUCAGGAUUGGGGUUGAACAAGAAUAGGUUGUGUAUCUAUAAGUAUAUCAAUAGACAGGACACUAGGACAGAUAAACAAACACAACGCUUUGAUGGGGACGGGAUGCCUUUCUCAGCCUAAGUCCAGCCUGAAAAUGGAGGCGAACGUAAUCGGGCGGAUGUCGUCUUUUAAAGUGUACCAUUGUUGGAGAAUUUUGCAUAUUCAAACAAUACUGUAACUUUCUAUACAAAAACAAGAAAUGUAUUUAUUGAAGCGCAACAAGUCUCGUUGAUUGUA